GAAAGAGGCCAGUGUAUUAACUGCAGCUAAAUCAAACUUUUGAGCCAAGUUAUGAAUUAUUUGCCAUUGUGCAGCAGGCGAAACAUUCCCUUGCCGCUUUGACUUUGUCCCUUUUCUGGCAGGAAGCCGAGAGGUUCGGCUCCCUUUUGUUUUUAGCCCCCCUUUCGCCACCUGGAAAAAGACAUUACGAUCCACUUGCCGAGUCAUCCGAACCCCCAAGUCAAUUUGAACAACAUUUUGCCGCAGCUCUGGUUAUACAAACAAGAUUCCACAUUCCGUUUCUUGGCUGGGCUCUCGUUCUCGCUUGACUUUUUCGAAGGGUUUUCGGCUCCUCUAUUCUAUUCUUUUUUUUUCCCCCUUCUGUCUGUAGCUGUGAUGAUUUGCCAUUUGGGGACGAACGGUCCGAGAGGCACGUAAAUUGAAUGGCCGGUGCCAAAGGUUCCAGGGGUAAACAAAAAACACCGACACAACAACAACAACAACAACAGCGGCGAAAAAAAAGAAUGAAGGAAAAACUCUGGCAAAAAUUAAGUGAAAAUAAUAAACCCUUCGCACACAUUUACUUUGGGGGAAAGAAGUGGAAAAUCGAGGGGCGGGCGAGUGGUGGGUGUUUGGUAAUGGCAAAGGCAAAGCAAAGGGGCAUUACACACACGUUGACCAACGGAAGUCCUGCUGCCUGAUGGCAUUACAGUUAAUUAAAGGUGAACGGAUAGUCACAGACUCCUUCUAUCGCACAGUGGGUCCAGGAUAUUAAAUUUAUAGAAAAUCCUUAAGAACACCCAAAGGCGAAAUUUGCAAGAAACGAUUACUAAUCAAAUGGGUAACUAACAUUUAAGUUCUGCUCUUUAAAAAUACGUUAAGCUGGCGAAAUUUUUCUUUUUUUUUUACAGGUGUUUUUCUAAGCGCAAAGCCCAAUGUAAAAUUUCUAGUGAACCGGAAAUUAUCCCAUGGUGACUUUGCUUAUGUGAAGUCCGCUAGUGUGUGUUUAGAUUUUCGUGUUCGUGUUCGUUUUCCUGUGCGUUUGCUUUGUGUUUGUGACUGUAUUCGUGUGUGUGUGUGUUUGUGUGUUAGUGUGUGUCGGCCAUGGCAAACUGGAAACUUUGCAAAUGAAUGGCAAGGCAUUGGAAAUAAUGAGCCGUAUUUACAUUUCAAAGCGCUCACACAGGCAAGCUGGAAAAGUUUUCAGCCUCCCCGGUCGGACGACUACGGGUCAAAAUCAGUUACGGAACUCUUAAAUAGAGAAGGAUUGCAAGGGGAUGAAGGAGGCUGGCGGGGAAACGAAGGGGUAGACGGUGGAGCAGUGGGGCUAAGAGCUGUGGAAAAAUCUGCUCGGGCUGCGAAGUUGAGUUGGGAGUAAAUUGCGAAAGAGCCUUCGGCGGCAGGACUGCAUACAAUUUGUUUUAUGGCCAUGGCGUGCACAUUAAACGCGCACUUAAUCACACGCAAUGGGCGUGGCAGCUCCUGGGCAACCCGCCCACAGCCCAGCACCAACAGCACCACCAGCACCACCGUCCUCGUCGUCGUCGUCCAUGGCGACAAAUCAAAUUGAUUUCGCUUUUGGUUUCCCUGCUGCCGAUUUCUUUUUCUUAUUUCUCCCCACUCCCCCAUUUAUUUGCCCCUUUUGUUGUGUUAUUUUGCGCCUUAUUAAAUCACUUUUAUUGCCUUUGAAAUACCACGAAGAAAGUUUCUGCGGAGGCGUAUACUCGUAUGUGUGCAAUAUGAUUUUUAGCUGCAAACCAAAAAUAAUUCAUAUUUAUGGCGAAAUUUCUGGCUCAGUUCGGUGAAGAACAACAAAAUCAUCAUCAUAAUGAUGACGAUGAUGUCUGAACAGAGUAGUAAGUAAAUGAAAUUCUGUGGCCGAUACCGAUACACUUACAUAUAUGGUAUAUUUAGACUUUCGGGGGAACCCACAGGCGACGCAUUCAUAUCCCAUCCAUUUGGCCCACGGCCGCCGUCAAAUAUCGAAUAUGUCUUUGUGCGCCUGACAACCAAAGCACAAAUAGACAAAACAAACAAUGCGUGGCCCUUGGAGGCUGGAUGGUUUAGUCAAUGGUUUCUGAUUACGCCUCAACUCCCGACAGAUGACUCUUGACCACGAGAAGAUACGGAUUACAGAUUACAGUUGGGCUUGGUCAGUAUCCAGUGCAGCACAGAAAAAGCACUAAUGGAAAUCUUACUGCUAUCGAGAAGUAAUCUCAAUCGAUUGUGGCUUUCAAGUCAUUAAUGGCUUUUGCGCAAUUUCUUUUGGAAAGCAAAACAAGGAUUCCCAGUUUGUAACUUUAAAUCAUAUUUUAUCUAUCAAAACAAUAUCUUUAAAAUAGGUAACCCUUUUUCCCCAUUAUCCCUUUUUCACUAGCCUAAUCUGCAGGCAACAAAAAAUAUAUAUCAGCGACCCCCCAGGUUUUGCCACAGCGUUUCAGCGAUGCGUGUAAUUAAAUUUUCAUGCCACCUGCCUGAGGGUUGGAUUUUAAAGGAAGAGGGGAAAGUGGGAUGUGGAAAAGUAAGGGAGGGGAGGGCAGGGAUGUGGGAGUGGCGCACAGAGAAUGCAAAUUGUCGGGCUAUUCCAAACCGCAAGCAUCAACGCCUUCAAAUGCAGCCAAAGCAGGCGGAAGUAAAUGCAGCUUUCCACUUUCCCCUUUUCCCCCUUCCUUUCCCAGGUUUGUUUUUCAUAUUUUCACCGCUUUAAUUUUGUACCCUUCACUCGCCUGCCACUCGACAAAACGACACUCAAGUGGUCAGGUGUUGACAAACCACUUGAUUACAGCUUUAACCGAUUACCUAAAAUAUGGUUUUUUGGUUUAUUAUAUUUCUCAAACAAUUUAAUACCCCUUUUCCAUGAAGUUCCCUAUAUAUAUUCCAUCUAUUCGAAGCAAGCUGUGCUGAAAUAUCUCAAAAGCCUGUCAGAUUCGAUGGGACAAACAAACGAAACAAGCAAACAGAACAACAGCCUUCGAGCAACACAAACAGACGACAAACAGUAGCAGAAAUUAUUGCCCGGGGAAAGCAUUUGCUAUUGCGAUUUGCGAUUUUUCCCCGCAUAUAGAGUCUAUAUAUAUAUAUAUAUAAAUAAUAUCUGGCCAAGAUGCCGAUGGUGAUGCCAUGUCGUUCGCGGGCCGCGAUGAAGCUCCACGCGGACUGCUAUGACCGCCUAAAGAAACCCAUCUACGUGGAGGCGCCACCGUCGACGGCCAUCGAGGAGGAGCGCAAGUGCGGCGUGCGCAAGGAUAAGCCGGUGAAGCCCAAGGAUCAGAGGCGUCCCCUGCCGCCGGGCACUCGGCCACCCAAUCCCUUGGCCACUCCGGGCGGAAAGCGUCCGGCGGUGGGAGGUGGAAAGGCACCGCCACGUGCUCGCAAAUACGAUGGUGCCAAGGCCACGUUCUUUCACGUGAAAGGACAAUCGUGGGAAUCGAAGGGGUAUGCGGAACUGUCGCAGGGCGAACUGGAUCGCAUGCGGGCCUGCAGGCCGCGCACGACCGAGGAGCGGCGAGCGGAACAGGACCGCCGGAUGGAGGAGCAGCAGUUGCACACCGCCGAAGCGGAGCGCCUGCGCAACUAUUUCCACGACAUCGACGAGCAGCGCAGGGAAAAGGAGCGCGAGCUGGAGAAGAAGCACGACGACGAGGCGGACGAGGAUGUCAACGAGGAUCGGCGGGUCGAAGCCAAAAGAUUGCAGGUUCUCCAUCGAGCCUUGGAUGCCAAAUACGAAUCGGAUGAGCGGGUAAAGGAGGCAUCCCGCGCCAUUUCGGAGGCCAAGUGCAGUGCCAUGUGGACGGCUCAGAUCCAGGAGCGGAAGCUACUCAACCGCAUCCAAAUGGACCACGACGAGGAGAUGGCACGCAAGAACCUCGCCUACAACAACGCCAAGUGGGGCACCGUGGAGGAGCACGACCAGGCCGAGGAGGAGCGACGCCGGCAGUUUGGCAACGCGGUUCGCGAGCAGAUCAGCGAUCGCGAGAAGCUGCGCUUCCUCGCCCAGGAUCGCCUGCGAAUGGAGGCGCGCGAAGUCCAAUCAGCCGUCGAUGAGUACAAGAAGGCGGAGGCGGCCGAGGGGGAGACGCGAUCGCGGCGCAAGUUGGCCUACAGGGACGAGCUGAACAAGUACACCAAGCUGCACCGCAGCUUCGUGCGCAUGAUGUGCGAGCAGGAUCAGCGGGAUGAGAAUCGGGCGUACGAGUACCGGAAGCUCAAGGAGCAGGAGCUCAAGCAGCAGCGGGCGGAGAAGGAGGCCAUUGAGGCGGAUGAGAAGCGCAAGCGGGAUGUCCUCUUCGCCGUCGGCCAGAAGAUCCUCGACGCCAAGGACAACCGGGAGGAGAUGCACUUCCUCGCCGAGCACGAACGCCUCGAGCGGAAGUACAGGGAGAACGAGCGGAAGGCCGCCGAGAAGGAGCGCAAAAUGGCCGCCGAACUGAAGCGGGCCAACAUGGAGCAGCGGGAGCACCUCAGCCAGAUGAAGGCCUGCUACUACGUGCAGCGGGAGCGUGAGCUGCAGGAGAUGAUCGAGUACCGCAAGAAGGAGGAGGAGCAGCGCAAGCGGGAGGCCGACGAGCAGGCCGUCAAGAAGGCCUGCCUCCGCUCGAGUGUCUCCUGUCAAAUCGAGGAGCGCGAGAAGGCCCGGCGCAGGGAACUCGAAGACGAGCACCUGGCCUUCGAAAGGGAGAGGGCGGCCGAGGCCCAGCGGCAGAAGGAGAUCGAUACAGUGAUCACUGUCAAGUUGGAUGACCUGCAGAAGCGCGGUUGUUUGCCCAACUUGGCCGUUCAGUCGCUCAAAGGUCGCGUUGCAAAUGCCGGCAACAAAAAGAAGCUGGGCUCUGAAUUCAGUUAGAUAGCGUUUCCUUUUAAUGGUGUUUUUGCCUCCAGAGAGACAAAUCUAACAACACACACACACAGACACUCAUACACACACGUUGACAAUGGCAUAAACGAUGGCUUUGCGAGCUUGGCGGAAUUAAAACUUGCAGCAUAUACUAUUCUGCGGUGGUGGCAACUUUUCUGGGUUCGUUGCUAGCUUGCCACCCCCGCAGUUUGUUGUCAAUUCAACAAGUUAAAACUGCAGACCGCAGACACAAAGAUAUAUAUAGAGAAGACCGCAGAAAAAAAAACUUUAUUUGCCCUAUAACUACACUUAAAUCGUUGAAUGAUUCAGUGAAAUUUGAAGUAAGCACAACGCAGUUUAAAUAAAUGAAGAAAUUGUUUGAUCGAGCAGAUAAA